AUGUCGACGGAGACUGAAAAUACUAGAGUCUUUGUUUUCGUUCUCAACACAUAUGAGAACAUGAUCAUCGUUGUCAACACAUAUGAGAACAACAUGAUCAUUGUUGUCAACACAUAUGAGAACAUGAUCAUCGUUGUCAACACAUAUGAGAACAUGAUCAUUGUUGUCAACACAUAUGACAACAUGAUCAUCGUUGUCAACACAUAUGAGAACAACAUGAUCAUUGUUGUCAACACAUAUGAGAACAUGAUCAUUGUUGUCAACACAUAUGAGAACAUGAUCAUUGUUGUCAACACAUAUGACAACUUGAUCAUCGUUGUCAACACAUAUGAGAACAACAUGAUCAUCGUUGUCAACACAUAUGAGAACAACAUGAUCAUCGUAGUCAACACAUUUGAGAACAACAUGAUCAUCGUUGUCAACACAUAUGAGAACAACAUGAUCAUCGUUGUCAACAAAUAUGAGAACAACAUGAUCAUCGUUUUCAACACAUAUGAGAACAACAUGAUCAUCGUUGUCAACACAUUUGAGAACAACAUGAUCAUCGUUGUCAACACAUAUGAGAACAACAUGAUCAUCGUUGCCAACACAUAUGGCAACAUGAUCAUCGUUGUCAACAUUAUAUGA